AUGGAUCGUCGAAAAGAUUACAUUCACAGGUACUCUAUCGAACAGAACGAUUAUCUUGAGGUGGAGCCGGAAAGUGGUGUUGUGCGGCUCAAGAAACUCUUGGAGCCCAAUAGUCUUCUUCGGCUGAAGGUUACGGCGAAGGAGGAUGGUCAGCAAGGAAUGGAGACAGUGGAAGAACUGCGCGUUCGAGCUCAACAGCGAGACGUUGCCGAAGAGCAAGUAAACGGCGAUCUCUGCAAUGGCAAAGUGUACUUGGCUACGAUCAAAGAGGGAGAACCGGACUUUGAAGAGCCAUUAGUGAUCCGGUUGUCAAAGCCUACG